AUGCUGGCUUCUAACAAUUCAUAUGUGGCUCCAAAAUCUUUUAUUCUUAAUGGAAUUCCUGAUCUGGAAAGAGUACAUGUAUGGAUCUCCCUCCCAUUCUGCACAAUGUAUAUCAUCUCCCUUGUGGGAAACCUUGGCCUUGUGUACCUCAUUCAUCAUGAGGAGGCCUUACAUCGUCCAAUGUAUUUUUUUCUGGCCAUGCUCUCCCUCAUUGACCUCUUUACCUGCACCACCACUCUACCCAAUGCACUCUGUAUCUUCUGGUUUAAUCUCAAGGAAAUUAACUUCAAUGCUUGUUUAGUUCAGAUGUUCUUUGUCCAUGGGUUCACAGGUGUGGAGUCUGGUGUGCUCAUGCUCAUGGCUCUGGAUCGCUAUGUGGCCAUUUGCUACCCACUGCGUUAUGCUACCAUACUCACUAACCCUAUCAUUGCCAAAGCUGGGCUUGUCACCUUCUUGAGGGGUGUGUUGCUAAUGAUUCCUUUUCCAUUCUUGGUCAAGCGUUUGCCCUUCUGCCAAAGCAAUAUUAUCUCCCACACAUAUUGUGACCACAUGUCAGUGGUAAAAUUAUCCUGUGCCAGCAUCAAGGUCAAUGUCAUUUAUGGUCUGAUGGUUGCUCUCUUGAUUGGAGUGUUUGACAUCUGCUGUAUAUCUGUGUCUUACACAAUGAUCCUCCGGGCAGUGGUCAGCCUUUCAUCAGCAGAGGCUCAGCAGAAGGCCUUCAGCACCUGCACUUCCCAUCUAUCUGCCAUUAUCAUCACCUAUGUUCCAGCAUUCUUCACUUUCUUUACCCACCGUUUUGGAGAACACACUAUCCCUCCUUCUCUUCACAUCAUUGUGGCUAACCUUUAUCUUCUUCUUCCUCCAACUCUGAACCCCAUUGUUUAUGGAGUAAAGACAAAACAGAUCCGAGACAGUGUCAUAAAGCUCUUCCAGCAUGAAAAAUGUGCAAGGAUCCAGGACAACAGAAAUUAG